AUGUGGAGCUUUCAAAACCUGCUGUUCACCGUCUGUGUUGCUCUGAGAUGUGUGAUCAGUGCAGUAGGGGUGAUCCAUGUGACUGGAUAUGUGGGGAGUGAGGUUAACGUUUCCUGCUCCUAUGGCCAGGGUUACGAGUCUUAUGAGAAGUAUCUGUGUAAGAACAACUGUGGCAGCAACGAUGAUGUUCUUAUUACAACAUCAAAUCCAGUGAAAAGCAAAUACAGGAUCCAUGAUGACAAAACAGCACGAAUCUUCACAACAACCAUCUCUGAUCUUAAAUCUGAGGACGCUGGAAAAUACUGGUGUGGGGUGAACAGAACAGGAACAGAUAUCUACACUGAAGUAAAGCUUGAAUUAGUACGAGACAGCUGCUGUGACAUUGUGACCAAAAUUGAAAGUUAUGAGGGAUACUCUGAGUCUGUCAGUUGUCGGUAUGAGUCUCAGUACGAGAACAGUCUGAAGUACAUCUGCAGAGGAAAUCGGCCCUCCACAUGUCUGCAGCAGGCACUAAUCACCUCUGACACCAAACAAAAUGGGCGAUUCACACUUGACGAUGACAAAGUGUUAGGAACAUUCACAGUGAACAUUAGCAGUUUGACUCGUAAUGAUUCAGGAUCAUACCUCUGUGGUGUCCAGAGUAACUCGGUCUCGGAGCUGGAUGUUUUAUCUGCUAUUGAGCUGGAAGUCAAAGAGUGGUGCUGUGUCAAGUCAACUAAAAUAAAUGGUACUGUAGGACAUCCACUAAUUUUGCAGUGCCCUUAUCUGCCACAACAUCGGGAUAACAGGAAGUUCCUCUGUAAGGGAGACCAUCGCAACAAUUGCACAGACAUGGUGGCGAGUCAAAGUAGAUUCGCACUACAAGAUAAUGGUUCUUCCAGCUCUUUCUCAGUGACGAUCACAAAGAUGAAAGCAGCUGAUGCUGGGACAUACUGGUGUGGGUCAGACUCACAGUGGAGAGUUGGAAACUACACCAAGAUUCAUCUUUCAGCUGUCUUUCUCCAGCACACCAGCACUCUACCUUCCACAGUCGAAAUGCCUGGAAAAACUUCAACACAAAGUACCGAUGCAGGACACUAUGUGGGUUACACUGUUCCCCCCCUGCUGCUGCUACUGAUGUGUGUCUUUGCAGUUAUAGUUUAUAAGUGCAAACAUCAGAAAGCAAAAGACAAUGAAACAGUUAUGAACAGAAAUGCACAGAACGAAGACGCUUUAGAGGAAGUGAUGCGUGUGGCAGAAAAUAACAUUUAUGAAAGUCAAGAAGUUGUGAUAUACUCAAAUAAGGAGACGGCCGAACUGCAGAGUGCCGGUAAUGACUAUGAAGAUUUAGGUGAAGAUGAACCAGACUUAGAAAACGUCACAACUAAAGCAAUCUACUGUAAAGGAAAUUUCCAUAAUGCCAAUUGAAGAUAAGCAGUGUGUGCAUUUGAGGUCAAUCUUUGGCUCUCACCUGUAUGAUCAUCCUGUUUAAUUUGUCUUUAACAUUAACAGUUACACAGCUAAUUUUAAUGUACCAUAAUCCAGGCUUCUCACUCUCUCACUGAAAACAUUGAGAUUUUUGUUUAACCAUGACAAAGAGCUGCUAUUUAUACAUAUAUAGCUUCACUUCUUACUCAUUUGCUAUUACCCUUUCUUUCAUUUUUAUUGCUUAGUGUUAGCAACAUAAUCUACAGAGAUUUUCCGAAACUGUGGGAAACCUCAAAUGC